UUGAAGAUAUAUAGUUUAGUCACUUGAGUCAACGUUUCCUGCAAUAUAUAAACAAUUUACAAUCUGCUUUCUGCGCGCACGUUGCGAAAGAAAUUUCUAUAGUUUUCAAAGUUCGCGAAGAAGGUGAUUAAAAAUGUCAAAUAAUUCAUUAUUGGAUGUUGACGAAUCAAUUAUAACAAAAAAUCUGCUGUUACCGGGCAUUAAAGAGGAAAAUGACCUCGAAGAACUCCUGAAAAACUUCAAUAAACCUGAACGUCCUUCAGUCACGAUAAGACCGAGUCCAGGUUCUUGCGUUAAAGCAAAAACAGAAUGUGGCCAAAAAGUCUUUUUGAACAUAUGUCUAACCACAGAGAUACCAGCACCAGAAGAAAUAUCUGAAACACAAUUGCUAAAACUGAUAGAAGAUGAAACCCCCUCCAGUUAUCGCAUUCCGAUGAGUAUUGGUCAGGAAAGGAUGGAAUCUGACAAAUCUGAUAAACCAGCGCCAACAUACGACAUAGCAAUAAAUACGGAAUUUUAUAAAAAAUGCAUGGAACAUAAACUGUUCUGGGUUUUCCUGAUCAGCGUCGUUAUAGAGGGGGUUUCAGACAAAUAUGACAAGCGUAUACGUCCCGAAGGAUAUGUCGUACUGAAGCAUCGCAAGGCCCUGGGCAAGCUGCAGCAACACAGAAUUGAGAAACGAGAAGUCAAUAACGCAAUGCGUAAACCACUUAUUCAAGACUUGACAGGUGAUAACUUAAGGCCAACGAGACUGGAAACUGAAACAAUCAAUCUUUCCAAAUCCGCAUUGAGUGCUCAAUCUGUAUAUGAAAAUAACUUCAAGAACUCAAGAAUACCUGAGUACAGAAUUUUACGUGAACCAAAGGAAGGAACUGUUGAGAAAUUAGUUGGACAAUUUAAAGUGCCUAAUGUGUUAUCUUCAAAAGAUUUGGCAGUCGAUGUUGGUGAGGAUCGAAUAAUAGUGGAAGCUCACAAAACUGGUUAUUUGAUCGAUAUCUUUGUCCCAUAUUCCAUUGCUCAAGAAAAUGUGGAUGCAGCAUUAGACACAAUCAAUGGCGUAAGUAAACUACUUUACUCUUGCAAACUCAUAACUUUUUUUUUUGGAAUACACUAAAAGAUAAAAUCCUUAUAGCUUCAAAUGAAUCCCUAUUCGUAAAUGCAAAGAAGUCAAAUUUGUGUUUGAUAUGACUCGAUUGAAGAUAAAAAAAUUUUAUUAAUCCUUAAUAAAAUUUAAUUCUUGGAAUGUCAAUAAUGUAGCAAUAAUGAAUUCUUAUCAUCUCCUCAAUCAUUGAUAUGUAACAUUUCAGACAUUUUCAUUUUUUUGUAUUUACAGAUGUUGGUACUAAAUAUGCCUGUUGUUCAGUGUUAAUAUCUUUGAAUUUAAAUUAUCAACUUUUGCCUGAUAUGACGCAUCUGCCUCAAUAUAUGAAGGAUAAUAAAUCUUUAAGAAAAAACAUCCAAAUAAUUAGUUUAUUAACAUCUUAAAUACGAUAUUAAAUCCUUAAAUUACACUUGCAAUAGUCAAGUCUGCCUAAUAAAUCGGCAAAAAUAAAGCUAUGUUGUUAAUAUCAUUAUUACAAAAGCUUUGAAAUUGAACCAACGUUCAUCAAUUCUAGACUUCACUUAAUAUUCAAUUAUACCAUUUGCUAUAAAAAAAAUGUAUGUGACAAGUAGUAUGGAAUAGACAUUUUGAUUCUUAAAAUAGCAAAUGUUUCAUAGCCACUGGAUAUGUUUCAUGACAGUUAUUUUAAAGAAAUAAGUUUUGUACAGUUAAAAAGAAAACAGGUAAAUAUAAAUAUAAAUUUACAUGAGCAAAUUGAAUCUAUUCGUUUUGAAAACAUCAAAUGAUUCUUUAGUAACAAAAAGCUGUAAGAUUUAUAAAUAUAUACAUAUAUAUUUG